UUUAACGACGCACCCUGGAAGCUGCUGUCAUUACAGUGAAAAUUUUUGCUCAAGCUGCAACGUUUUUCGGGUAAACGAAAAAUAAAUCCAAAUCAUUGUGAAAGUGCACAAAAGUGAAAUAAUUGUACUCUAGAUUAUGAAUGGUGCAUCCAUAAUGGGUGGCAAUAACGAUUACGCCAACAGUGCUGGAAGCAGCAAUAACGAAUCUUCGCCGAUCCGUGACGAUUACCGCAAAGAAGGUUCAGAAGAACCAUUACCAUCGCCCUCGAAAUCUUCUUCGUCGUCCAAGCGGGAUAAAGACCGUGAACGCGAACGGGAGAGCCGUGGAAGAGACCGUGAUCGGGAGCGGGAAAGUCGCGAUCGUAGUCGUGAUAGAGAGCGUGGCCGCGAUCGUCGCGAACGUGAUAGGGAUCGUGCUACAUGGGCGGAUCUCCCACCUCCUCCUCCACCUCCGCCUACAAAUUCAAAAAUCCCUUCGUACAUUGCCCAACCGGUGUACGAUUUGCGCCAAACCGGCGAUGUUGCGUUUGGCCCCGGAACUCGCUCUGCUCUGCUUGGGAUACUUGGGGGAGCACUCCCCCGGUUGACCACCGAGCAGCAUGAACUGGUCACCCGAGCGAAGAAAUAUGCGAUGGAGCAAAGUAUUAAGAUGGUGCUGAUGAAGCAAACGCUUGCCCACCAGCAGCAGCAGCUUGCCAGCCAGCGCACCCAAGUCCAACGGCAACAGGCACUGGCUCUCAUGUGCAGAGUGUACGUUGGUAGCAUUUCGUUCGAACUUAAGGAGGACACGAUUCGGGCUGCAUUUCUUCCGUUCGGUCCCAUUAAAUCAAUAAACAUGUCCUGGGAUCCGAUUACACAGAAGCACAAAGGAUUCGCUUUCGUCGAGUAUGAAAUACCGGAGGGGGCACAACUUGCGCUGGAGCAAAUGAACGGAGCGAUGCUUGGCGGUCGCAACAUCAAGGUUGGUCGCCCGAGCAAUAUGCCCCAGGCUCAACAGGUGAUCGAUGAAAUUCAAGAGGAAGCAAAGAACUACAAUCGCAUCUACAUUGCCUCUAUCCAUCCGGAUUUGACCGAGGAAGACAUCAAGAGUGUCUUUGAGGCUUUUGGUCCUAUUGUUACGUGCAAGAUGUCCCAGGGUAGUGCUGCACAUACCCACAAGGGCUACGCGUUUAUAGAAUACCAAACGAAUCAAUCAGCGAUCGAAGCUAUCGCUAGCAUGAAUCUCUUCGAUUUGGGUGGACAGUUGUUGAGGGUUGGUCGCUCGAUUACACCACCGAACGCGCUUAUGGGCCCUGCUGCUAACUCCGCGAUGCCAACGGCUGCGGCCGUCGCUGCAGCUGCUGCCACAGCUAAGAUUCAAGCUAUGGACGCCGUUGCAACAAACGCCGUGUUAGGUCUUUCAGCCGCAACACCUACUCUCAAAGUUGGCCUCGGAACCCUUCCAAUUACGCAGACUAUUACAACGGCUGCUAACGUAAAUCUUGUCGCUCAAGCUCAGCUUGCGGCCGCUAGCCAAGCGGCUGCCAUUACCCAGCCCGGAUUGCUCGUUCCACCGGUUACUAAUGUGGCCAGCUUGACGCCCUCGCUGCUGGUGAACCCAGUGCUAGCAAAUGCUGCUAAGCCGUUGCAGUCAGUAUUAAGUGCAGCAAAUCCAGCAGCUGUUGCCGCUGCAGCCGCGGCCGCUGCGGCUGCUGCUGCAGCUGCAGCAGCAAAUCCCAAUGCCACAGCUGAGGAGGUUUUCAAAAAAGCUCAAGAGAAGCAGCAAGAGGAAUUACAGAAAAAGCUGCUGGAGGAAGGAGAACCACAGACAUUGCAGCAGCAAGAAACAAUGUCCAUCAAGGGACAAAGCGCACGUCAUUUGGUAAUGCAACGGCUUAUGCGACCACGUGAAAGCAAAGUUGUUAUCCUCCGCAACAUGGUAGGCCCGGAAGACGUCGACGAAACAUUGCAAGAGGAGAUUCAGGACGAGUGUGGCAAAUACGGAAUUGUGGAGCGGGUUAUUAUCUACAAGGAGCGCCAAUCCGAAGGCGACUACGCCGAGGACGACAAUACCGAUGUAAUCGUUAAGAUUUUUGUCGAGUUCUCACAGGCUACCGAAGCAGAUAAAGCCCGCGAAGCACUCCACGGUCGCUACUUUGGCGGCCGUCUGGUCAAGGCAGAAUCCUACGACCAGGCGCUCUUUGACCAUGGCGAUCUGUCUGGUUAAAGGAGAACUUUUACGAAGAGCGUGGCCACACUCUGAUCCAUCGUGAAUCCCCAAAUGUGAAACGUUUCAUGUAUUACAAAGCUACUGGAAAUUUUCUACCACCCCACAAAAAAGUGUACGGUCUAUUUUACUAUUUACUACUUGUCCCAGAUGCAUGGAUACAACACACAUAUACACAAUCUACAGCUAUGACUAAACUCACUUGUUAAGAUGAAAAAGAUUAUGAUUUUCGAAGAAUAACAAUUUAAUUAUGACUAAUAUAGAUGUACAUAAACUAUUACGGUUCUCUCAAAGCUCGAGGGAACGAAUAAAGCAUUAUUUUUAAAAUCAAUA